AUGGAGACGCCCGCGCGAUGCACCAAAAAUGUCUCCGUGGUGGCCGAUCUACCCAUUCUCCUUCGGCAAAUACCCGACAUCGUGCUCGAAAUAGCUUCGCACCUCCCCACGGAGUCCGCCAUGUGCCUGGCGUUGACCUGCAAAUCUCUUUACGGUCUUCUCUCCCAGAACACGUUUCGGAAAAUGAGAAGGGACGACAGAAAACUAGACAACUUCCUCUUUCUGUUACUCAAGGAUAUGAGCGGCCGAGGGGUGUACCUCUGCCAUCACUGUUCGCAAAUCCGACAAUGGAUCUGUCCCACGGGAACGGGCUGCUUAGAGUGCCCAUCGAUCGGCACGGGGCAACUGAUUUGGAGUACGCCGCACGGGAGACUGAAUGAGAAGAUACAUCGAUGCAUCGGAGCAUCAGCAUAUUUCACAUUUACCGUCAACGGCAUAGAGCACAAAAACGACAACUCGAGAUGGGUUAUGCACCGCGAUCGGGGAGGAUGGCGAUUAUGUUGCAGUAAAGGGUUCUCACCGACUACUUUGACAUGA